GCUCGGCGCCAAGGAGCCAUCAUCAAUAUAGCUUCCAUGGCGUGUCAUGCCCCAGUUCCUUACCUCGGGAUUUAUUCAGCUACAAAAGCCUUUGUGGACUACUUUUCGACAUCGCUGUACGGGGAGUAUAGUGACUCAGGCCUCACCAUCCAGACCAUCAAUCCUGGUUACGUCUCGACCAACUUGACCAGUUUUUCAGAUUAUGUCCAUACCCCUGGCAUCAGUGUCCCAACAGCUUCAACAUACGUCAACAGCGCGUUCUCCACUUUAGGUUACUCCCAUCGCUCUAGUGGCUACUGGAGUCAUGCUUGCAUAGUGAGUACGGUACCAUAGGUUUGAUUUUUUUCU